AUGGAGGUCCUCGGAGCCGCUGCCAGCCUUGGUGCCGUCAUUGACCUUUCCGCAAAAGUCGCAACGCUGUGUGUUCAAUACGCCGAGGCCGUGGCUAACGCCCGAGAGGACAUCCGCCGUCUUCAAAACCAGGUCAGCCAACUAGGAGUCGUCCUUCAGCAUGCAAAGGAAAAGCGCCUCGCAGAGGGGCCCAGAGCGGAAUUGCUCGUGGUAUCUCGGAAGCUUACCAGCACAAUUGCCGAAUGUACUGGCGACCUUCGGGAACUGGAGAAGAAGCUUUCCCCCAACCCCGCACGUCGGUUCAUGCGGCGUGUAGGCUUUCGAGCUUUGAAGUGGCCCUUCAUGAGCCAAGAGGUCAAUCGAAUUCUCUCCAGUCUUGAGCGCUAUGAGAAAACCGUUCUGCUCGGGCUCCAGCUAGAUCAGACGUACGGACCACGAUGUCUCACUCUGCUUCAUAUGACCGAGACUGACUGUUCUAUCAGGACUAUGAUCUCUGAAAUUCACGAGGGUGUCAGGAAUCUAGCUUCCCAAGCGACGGAAGACGUUUCGAUUUCCCGCAAGCCUCAUCAUGUGUUGCCAUUUACGCUUAAUCCAGAUUACAUUCACCGAUCCGCUCUAUGGGAUUGGAUCAGACAUCAAUACACACAGCCCGCCCGACGGAUGGCCCUACUCGGCAUGGGAGGCUUCGGGAAAUCCCAAUUAGCAAUCCAUUUCGCACACCAGGUUCACUCUGACUCACCCGACACCAGCAUAUUCUGGCGCACCCUUGCAGACGUUCUUGCGCUGCCUCGCCGACACGAACCCCAGAUCAAUGUGAUGGCGCUGGUCCGCGAUUGUCUACAAAGCAGUGAUGUCAGCGCAUGGUUCAUGGUUGUCGACAACGCCGAUGACGUUAGCGUUUUCUUUGCAAAGGACGACCAAGAUCAGGAACCACUGGCUUCAUACCUGCCCAAGACAGCCAAGGGCAAGAUCCUGAUCACAUCGCGCAGUCUAGACGCCGCAGAGAAACUUACCGGUGGCGACAGCACAAUACUCCGGAUCCCAUAUAUGGAGGAAGAGCAGGCGCUACACCUUUUGCGAAAGAAGCUUCAUCAAGAGGUGGACGAGGCUACUGCGAGCAACCUUAUGCGCGCCCUUAACUAUAUCCCCUUGGCAGUGAACCAAGCCGCAGCCUACAUCAACAGGCGGAGCCCGCUAGAGACCCCCGAGUCGUACCUGGACAAAUUUCGCCGGAGCGAAAAACAAAGAGACGGGUUGCUUCGCAUUGAUGGAGGGGAUCUCGGACGGCCCGAUGACGCGUCUAAUUCCAUCGUCUUGACGUGGCAGGUGACCCUCGAGCAGAUCAGGCGGGAGAAGCCCAGGGCAGCCAACCUCCUGUCUCUCAUGAGCUGCUUUCAAGCCCAGAACAUACCGGAGAACAUGCUACAUGGCUAUGAGGACAUUGCAAGCGAAGGGGAAGUCGGUAGCAAGGGAAGCGGCAAACGUCUGGACACCUAUACCGACACCGACGCCAACACAGACGAAGUCGACACACGAGGAAACUUCGAAAACGACAUUGAUGUACUGCGGGGCUACUCACUCAUUGCACCAACAGCGCCAGGGCUCUACGAGAUGCACUCUCUGGUCCAGUUCUGCACCCGUUUGUGGAUCUCAGAAUUCGGGGACCGGAGGCGGUGGGCGAAGCUCUUCAUCCAGGUGGCAGCUGAACAUUUCCCUGAUGGUGGAUAUGAGAAAUUUAGAGAGUGUCAACGGCUGCUGCCCCACGUUGAGGCUGUCGUGGAGAGUAAACCCAAGCUGGAAGGUGACCUCCCGGCGUGGAGCAGAUUACUAACGAAAGUUUCGGAUUAUAUGAUAGACAUAGGUGACUUUGCCAGAGCGGAAGAGAUGUUGAAGAAAGCUAUCCAGGUACUAGAAGAUGCCUUGGAGGCUGGCCAUCCCUCCACCCUUGAAAGUCAAGCCAUGCUAUCAAAAAGCUUUAGAUUUCAAAGGCGGUACGAUGAGGCUGAGAGGCUAGACCUAAAGGUACUAAAGACUCAGAAGGCGAAGUUGGGAAUCGAUCAUCCCGCUACGCUAGCUAGUAUGUAUGCUCUAGCCGUAACGUUCUUUGGACAAGACCGGUACGAGGAGGCCGGGAAGCUACAGCAAGAGGUAUUAGAGGCUCAUAAGGCGAAGUUGGCACCCGAUCAUCCCGCUAUGCUAGCUAGUAUGCAUGAUCUAGCCGUAACGAUCUAUAGGCAAAGCCGGUACGAGGAGGCCGGGAAGCUACAGCAAGAGGUAUUAGAGGCUCAUAAGGCGAAGUUGGCACCCGAUCAUCCCGCUAUGCUAGCUAGUAUGCAUGAUCUAGCCGUAACGAUCUAUAGGCAAAGCCGGUACGAGGAGGCCGGGAAGCUACAGCAAGAGGUAUUAGAGGCUCAUAAGGCGAAGUUGGCACCCGAUCAUCCCGCUAUGCUAGCUAGUAUGCAUGAUCUAGCCGUAACGAUCUAUAGGCAAAGCCGGUACGAGGAGGCCGGGAAGCUACAGCAAGAGGUAUUAGAGGCUCAUAAGGCGAAGUUGGCACCCGAUCAUCCCGUUACGCUAGCUAGUAUGCAUGAUCUAGCGGUUACCUGGAGAAAAAUAGGCCGGCACCAGGAUGCUCUUAUUCUGCUGCAGGACUACGUUUCCUUACAACAGAAGAAGUUUGGUCCUACACAUCCAGAUACCCAGGGUUUAGAGCUUAACCCUUAG